GACGUGCAACAGAUCCCGGCGCAUGCGCAGUUCAUUGUUUUGACUGAAAAUGCCGUCGGUUUCGAAAACGGCGGCCAAUGCGUCUCCACAAACCGAGAAACCUUCCCACUAUACGUACUUAAAGGAGUUCAGGACGGAGCAGUGCCCGUUGUUCCUGCAGCACAAGUGUACGCAGCACAGACCCUUUACGUGCUUUCACUGGCAUUUUCUCAACCAGCGGCGGAGACGACCCAUCAGGAGGAGAGACGGGACGUUCAACUACAGCCCCGACGUGUACUGCACCAAGUACGACGAGACCACAGGCAUCUGCCCGGAUGGAGACGACUGUCCCUAUUUACACCGGACCACUGGUGACACAGAGCGCAAGUACCAUCUACGCUAUUACAAGACUGGCACUUGUAUCCAUGAGACAGAUGCUCGAGGGCAUUGUGUGAAGAAUGGACUCCACUGUGCUUUUGCUCACGGGCCACAUGAUCUCCGACCUCCAGUCUAUGAUAUCAGAGAGAUUCAAGCACAAGAGGCCCUUCAAAAUGGCCAGUUGGGAUCUGGGGAAGGCAUUCCUGAUCUGCAGCCUGGAGUAUUAGCCAGCCAAGCUAUGAUUGAGAAAACUCUGACAGAAGACCCCCGGUGGCAAGAUACCAACUUUGUUUUAGCCAACUACAAAACCGAUCAGUGUACUAAGCCCCCAAGACUAUGCAGACAGGGCUACGCUUGCCCGCACUACCACAACAGUAGGGAUCGAAGAAGAAAUCCUAGAAAGUUCAAAUAUCGGUCAACACCUUGCCCUAAUGUGAAACAUGGAGAUGAAUGGGGCGAACCCUCAAAGUGUGACAGCGGAGACAGUUGCCAGUAUUGUCACUCUCGCACCGAGCAGCAGUUUCACCCAGAAAUCUACAAAUCUACCAAAUGCAAUGAUAUGCGACAAACUGGAUACUGUCCCAGAGGACCGUUUUGUGCAUUUGCACAUGUAGAAAGAAUUCCCUCUACAGACGAGACCAUGAGCUCAUUGCUAACAGUGAUACAGUCCAGUUCACAGGCCCAGCUGGGCUCUCAGCAGUAUUCAGAGUGUCCAGUCAGUGAAUGGAACAGUGGAGGCAACUCCACCAGCGCAACCAGCAGCAACGGACAAGUAGGAAGUGUUUCAUGUUCUAAUAGCUCGACUGUAACUCCAAGCUCAGGAAGCGACAGUUUGUUAUCCCCAGUGGGAUCCAUCAGCAGGCCCAAAUCCUUAACUAAUAAUAGUUUAUGUUCAGAGUCCACCACAUCCAGUGUCUCAUCUCUGACGUCUAACUAUCCUAGAGCUCCGGGCUUUGAACGUGAGGAUCAGAUUAAGAACAAGGGACAUAUGGAUCACAAAUUAAUGGACCAAGACAAACAGACCCCAAAUUCUGUAUUCUCUGCGGUGAACCCUUUGGCAUCAAGCUUUACCUCCAGCAUAACAUCCAGCUUGGCCUCUAGUAUUGGCUCAGAUAGUUCUUCACCCACCACCUUAUCAACAAUGAAUGCAAAAGCCACUCCUUUCUAUCCAGGGAGCAACACAGUGGAGUCUGUCAUAGGAUCUGCUUUGGACCUCAACUUCAGUGACAUUAAUGUUGCGUCUCUUGAGAAGGAUUUAGAGGAGCAAGACAACAGUCUAGGACUGACAAGUCAAAGAGUGCUCGGUGGCUCUGCCCCGGUCAACAUUCCCGGCUCCCUGGGUCGAUCGUCCUCGUUUAAUUCCUCGUCAUCGCUCUCCACCUCCCCGCUCAGCUCGCUCUCACAGUCUCUGUCGCAGUCCCUGCUGUCUGCCACGUUAUCGCAGCAGAAUCAACCUUCAAACAUGUUGGCCAAGCAAGAGCAUGGCCUCCUGGGAACGCCCACCUCCUCUUCCCAGAAUUCUUUGGGCUUGAAUGGAGGGGCCAGCAGCAUUUGGGACUUUGUAAGUGGCAACUUUUCACCGAGUCCAUCUCCAGUGUUCAGCAGCCUAACCUCCGCAACCAGCAGUGCUGAUCUAGCCCGCCUUUUUAGAGAUCUGGAUGAGGCCAAGAGGAAGAUCAAACAAUGGGAGGAGGCCUGGCAUCAGGUCAAACAAGCCUGUGAAGCUUGCCAGAAAGAUGCUCACGAAGCAAAGGAACAAGCGAAGGCGGCCGAGGCAGAGCGACAGCUGGCAGAACAGAAAUGGGAGGAAACGGAGCGCAAGCUGAAAGAGCUCCAAGGGGACUUUGAUGUGCUUUGUCGCACCCCUGGAACACCUCUUCUUCGUAGCUAUAGAGAUCUGGACGAGCUCCCCUUGUCAAAGCUUCACUCCAUCCAGAGUCAGCUGCGUAAUGACCUAGACCUUAUAGACGGGGUAAUAUAUCAGCUUCAGUCAAAGAAAUGUAUAGUUUGCCAAAAGCAUGAUCGUUGCAUUGUUCUGCAGCCUUGCCAACAUUAUGUACUAUGUGAGACCUGUGCACCUAGUAAAACAGAAUGUCCCUACUGUAGAACAAAAAUAAUGAAGUGGUGAUGUACAAUUCCUCGAGGUACUAUUUAAAGAUUUAGCCCUUUGAAAAACUACUAAUAGAUAUUACAUUUUCUAAAUAGAAAUGUCUGUUUCAUACAGUGAUUGAAUUGAUUUAGAAUACAAUGAUGUUUGACUGAGAAACAAAUAGUAUUAUGAAUCAGAUUGUGUACAGGGGAUUUAAUCAUUAUAGUUUUUGCUCAUUUUAUGUGCACAGUAACCUCAACCAGAUAGCUUUCUGAAUGGAAAGCCACGCACUCAAAUUAGAAUAUCAAAUUAACUUGCUUUGCCCUUUUCUCAAAUCAUCAGUCACUCUAAAGGACAUAUGUCUCGUGUCCAGAUAUUGAUAUUUUGUUUACGUUUGUCAGCAAUACAUUUUGGCUAAUGUGCAUUGCCAACCUGACAUAUUGCUCUUACAGUAAACAAAAAAUUAAAGAUUGAUAAACUUUGGUUCAAAGUUGAAUACUCAAAGACAAUAAUGAGCGUGAGUUUGUAUUUCUUCCCACGUGUUUGGCUGUUAAUGGAUUGGAAAUACUUCACUACACUUUGAAUUAUUGUGGAUAUAACUCUGAUCUCUAACGUUUAAUGCACUUAAAGUCCGCCCAGAGCAAAUUUGAAGGCUUUUCCGAAAAUACUAAGGGAAUGUGUAUUUAAAUAUUUUUUUGUAAAUCUGUUAAAUCACCGAUAAUUGUAUUUGACGGGAGAAAUACAAGAGAGAAAACAUAGUCACUGUAACUUUAAUAUCUUAACUGAAAAGUUCUAGUUUUAAAAUGAGCUAUAACAAAUUCCUGUGUCUUUUUCAUACUGUCAGUCUUAUGGUCAUUUUUCAGUUAUUUUGAUGCCGGGAAAACUUUGAUAAACCACGUAUGAUCUCAAUUGCAAGAAAUCAGUGUGAAAAUAUUUGAAACAUACUGCCAAGAAAUGUAGGGUUCACUCGGCCUCAACAAGUCCAGUGAUGUUAAACAUAAAAUGGGCAAAACUCAAAGCAGAUUUUUUGUUAGUUAAAGAGGAAUACAAUAAAUCAAAGAAUUCACUCGGGAGCUUUUGGAAGCAAAUCGAGAAACAAGAUAUCCCAAAACCUGAAUGUGACUGAUGCUUAAUAAGGAAGUCAUAUUUUUGUUCUGACUUGAUCAGUCUGAAAUUCCAGAAAAUAAAUGUGUGUGCUCAUACAUUUACAUGUAGCGUGGAGCUGCCAAAACUGAUGUGUCAGCAUCAACUUUAUUCUACUAAAAAGUGCUAGAACACUUAGAAGCUCUACGCUCUGAGGAAUUACACUUUCACACUUGCAUUCUUACAUUCAAAACUACUGGGAGUAAUUGAUGAUAAAAAAAACUCAUAUUUGGCCAAAGUAUUGUCCAACUAUAGAGAUUGAAUAUGCAGUUAUGUAAAAUGUUUCACAUCCAAUAAGGUAUUAGUGCUGAACCACAUCUGUGUCUGUAAUCAGCGGCAGGAAAUCACACUAACCAAGGAAACGAUGAAACACAUGACACAUCUUUGUGUUCCUCUUUAAGUAAAGCCACAUUCUCGUAAACAUUUUUUAAAUGCAACCGGUCAAGCAUCAUUUAGUUUGAUUUGUUAUUAAAGCACUUUGUUGACCUGGGACUUUAUUAAAGGGUAUAUAGAAAUAAGCUUUAAGCUGCUUUGUAGGUAUUCUUUUGAGUUGUUUUUUUUUUUGAUUUAUAAUUUUUUCUAUAUAAGCUAAUGUCUGAAGCUUUUGUGUGUACUGUGAAACAUAAUUUGGAUAUUUCAUGUUUCAUAUUGUUAAAUCAUGGCAUGGUUCUAAAUAUUGUUAAGAUUUCAUAGAAAAGUACUUAAUAGUUUCUACUUUCAUAGUUAGAUUUAUAAAAUUUCAAUCAAAUAAGUGCAAAUUUACAAUGCACUUUAGGCAUAACCAGCAGCUGUAUAUCAGUAAGGCACAUGCUACAUGUUAAGGCUGUAAUUCAAUCACUUAGUUCUUUUGUAGAGAUUUAUAUAGCCUAGCCUAUUAGAAAAGCAUGUGUUGUAUUUGCUAAAAGCCUGAGAUGGUGAUUUUUGUAGGAUUCUAGUCCCUUUGAUCUUGUCUAGAACAUAUCGGCCUCUAACUCUAAAGUGCCUUGCCUUAGAUAAAAACGUUACAUCUGUAGAAUUGUCAGAGCAAAACACAGGUAGUCGAAGCUUGUGCAAAGGAUUUCUGCAAAUGUGUCUUGUUUAACUUUGCAGAAACAUUGACUUGUGUAUGACUAUACGUGUAUGUAUAAAUAUAUGCCAGUGUAUUUGGCCCAAUCUCAUUAAGUAUUUCUGCGGAAGAUAAAUGAAAACGAAACAUUGUCAGCGCCCGUGUCCCUCCGACUACCCACCCACUCAUUCCUCGGCCGCGGUGCUCUUUUGGUGCAGCUUCAGUCUUUGAAAUUAGGUUUUUCCAAUUAAAUGUUUGGGAGUAUGCAAGCAGGACGGAUUCAUCUGUAUAGCAAACGCUUUUUAGACAGUGAAGUAGUUUUAAUUUGUUUGCGUAAUUAUUCUGCAAUGAGUGAAGAUAACCGUAGUUGACCUGUAAGUUUGAUGGGACGUGUGCUAAGGGUCCUCUAAUUGAAAUGACCUUCUACUGUGUUCAAAAACAACCUUUUUAUUCUUGAGUUAAAUUCAAUAGAAAAUCAUGUAUCUCCAGGUACACUUUUUGCUACUUCUAAAUAUGGGAAAAUGCAUUGUUUACAUUCACAUAAAUGACAAUUAAGCAACUCAGAGGAAAAUAAUUAAGAAAGGGUUAUGGUAUUUCAGCAUUUAUAUGAUUUGUGACUUCAUUAUAUCGGAGCAUAAAAGGCAGGCUAAACACUUCUGGUAUUGCAUGUUAUGCGAUAUAUUAACCAGCUACAAAAAAAAAGAAAAAAAAGUUUGCACUGUGUCACCCUGCCAGAAUAUUUGUAUAGACUUAUUUUUAAUGUAGUAAAGGCUUAAUAUCUUCUGCAAGCUUCGCUGCUACUGGAAAAGGUAUUAAUGUAGUUUCUUGUUAUACAUUUAGAUGUUUGAAUGUCGUCGUGCAUCCACAGCUCAGAUUUCCAAAACUAUGAAAUAAUCUUCCUUCUGCAUCUAAUUUAACUAAAUCUUACUUAAUUGAAUUGUUGAUUUGUAAAUCCGAGUCAAAGGUUCAGUACUUUCAUAUAUCACUAAGAAUGAUGUUACAGACAUGUACUGCUCUAAAUUGUCCCUUUUUAAAAAAUGUGAUCAAAGGGAAAUGUACAUUAUUUGGAUUUCUUCUCGCUGAGUGUACCGUGCAGCUCAUUUUACACGGCCCUUUGGUCGAUUCAGUUUUGACUGUGAAGCCAACUAAAAAGAUGUCUAGUGUGGAAAUCUAAAAAUCAACCAAAGUAGUGUUCUAGUAGCUGUCCAAAUACGGAUUCUAAAGGGAACAUUUCCCCUUGAACAGAAUUCUAAUAAUUCCUAAAGUAUAAUGGGACAGAUCGGCCUGUAGUUGUGAACAGCGCCGGUCUGAUCCAAAGUUCUGAGUGGCAGAGCACCAAGGCGGUCCGGAUGAACCUGAGACAGCAUUGUGAGUGGCAGGAAUUCUGUUUUCGGCUGGAUUUAUGCUUAAAUGUUUUAUUCAGUAAGAUGUAUUUUUUCCUCGUAGUGAGUGAACAACAGGACUAUGCCAAUGGCUUUUGCUUACAACAUUUAUGGACUUGAGCCCAUUUCUUUGCAGUUUUACCAAAGACUUGAACUGUUAUUUCUUUUUUGCUACAUUUCAUCAUUUGUUUUAUUUCAGUAAGAAACCUAAAUUGAUUUAAAACAGUUACCACCUAGUACCUUAAAUAGAUAAUGUUCAUUAACAGCAAUUAAUGGCAUCUUUUUCUAUCUUAAGUUAGCUAUAGUGAGUCGAUACAGAAAGGAUUCAAAUUGCAUGGGUCAGAUCCUCACAAAAUGUGUAUUUGUAAAUUUUGAUUUGUGUUAAGUACACAUUGACGUAUAUGGCAGGUUUGUGCCGUACUGGAUAGCACAAGCCGACUUUAAGGAGGAUUCGGUGUCAGUUUAAUUGUUGUCUACAGUGAAGGAAUGUCAAAGGUGAAUGACAUUUGUGCUUCUGAAGUGGCCAUAUAAACCUUUGUUUGUUGACUUUGCUUAACUCCGUAAUCUCAAUCACUUUGGAAAUUGAUGGUUAUGCAUUAUAUGCUGUUAUGAUCGGCCUACAGUGACUGUAAGGUGCUUUCUUUCUAUCUGACUCUUUGUUUUCUAUUUCUUAAAGCAGUGGUCCAAAUUAGUUUUUGUUUUUGUAAAACGACGGGACAGAUGAUGAUUGUGACAAACAUUAAUGGCAGAUACAGACGUAACAAAAACUGAGUUGUUGUUGUUGUGAUUCAUAAUUUGUUGUUGGUCUCUCAAGUGGUCUACUUGCCCAAAUUCAAGUAAAAAAAGAAAUGAAACAAAACAAUGACUUGAUAAGCACAGUUUUCGUUUCUAUAGAUUUGAUUAAUUUAUCUCAAACAGACCAGCUACUUUCUUAAGUACAUCUGUGCCUUUAAUGAUUACAUAAUGUUGAUUGGUAUGAAGAGAAUACGUCUCCGAGACAGAGUUUUGCUCUCAGUAAGAUGGCAAAAUAUAACAUGUUUAAUUAGAAUCAAAAUUCCAGUGCCUUGCAAUAUUUGUGUGGACCACAAUGUGAUUGCUAAAUGAUCUUCUAGAUUAAGGCCACUUGAGCUGAAAGGGAAAAGGCCGAUCUAAUGAGUUUUGCUUCAAGGGUUCCAAAGGAGGAAGCAAAGGUUCGAAAAGACUGAUAAUCGUCUAUCUCAGUCUGUAUUUGCCAUACCAUUAAAAAAAACAAAAAACAGCAAUACUUAACCAUUGAAUACACAAUUUUGAUCUCAAUAAGUCAUUUGGCACCAAAAACUCAAUUGUUUGUUAGGAAAAGCACCAAAUAGGAAGACUCUUGUAAAUGAACUGUAAUAAAUGUAUCAUUAUGCUCUGCAUUGGAAUAGUUUAAUCUAUUUUGCAUUAUUGUUAGUUGUGUUGUCUUUUUGUUUUUAAUAUUAUGAAAAUGGAGCCUGAAAAUUUAUGCAAUCUUGUACAUGUAUAUGACUAUGAUGUAUGGCGCUUUUCAAAUUAAGUAAAAUACUAGUACAGCAGGUGUUGUCAAAGGUAAAUAAUCUGAAUGUGGAACCAGUUGUUCCAUUCACUUUAGAAAAUGUCAGUAGAAAUGUUAUUUAAACAUUGAAGCCCUGAAAUAUUGAAUGUAUUGUUCUAAAUUAGAUAUUAAAUGAACAGGUCACUGGAUAUUAUGAGGCUCAGUUAAUUCAUUAUGAUGUAGCAUCUAGAUGUGAAUUGCUAUUGAAUAAAAUGUAUUAGUACUAAAACAAAUGCAAGUUUUCAUGUAUCUAUUUGUCAGCAUAAUGAGGGAAUUGAGGAAAGAAAUGUAUUUUUCUCAGGGUGAUACAUUUAUUUAAUAGAUAAUGUGUUAAAUCUGAGGAAACUGCAUUUCAUGGAUUGAUUUGCUAAAUGUCAGUGGGUUUAGAUAUUAUUUAUAGAUUAAACAAUAUGUCCCUUAUUUUGUGACGAGCUGUAUGGAUAUGUAGUUAAUUCUUUACUGAUAAUUUUAGAAAAUUAUUCUGUUGGUAUAUUGAUAUUUUCUGUGUUGUAAACACAAAAAUAGGUGCAAGUUUUAGAAUACUAGAUUUUUCUUUUCUACAUUGAGGAUUGAGUACAGCAUAUUUUCUGUAGUGCAUUACUAGUUUGUUAACACUUGUCAAAUUGUUACACUACAGUUAUGCAAUGGUUUACAGAAUUCACAAAAUUAUUUUUAUCAUCUUGAGUAUUAAAAUAAUUUUUC